AUGUCAUCAGGUGUUGGUGUUGAUGACGAGGUCAUUACGCAGUUUAACGACUUUAAGCUAAAACGCGCCCCGCAUGACUACCGUUACUUCAUUUACAAGAUCGAAGAUGAUUCUCAGAUUGUGAUUGAAUCCACGGGUCCUAGCUCCGAGUCGUAUCAGGACAUGGCCGACAAGCUUGCGAAGAUCACAAAUGAUUGCCGAUACGCUCUUGUGGAUUUGGAUUUGACCACUAAAGAUGGCCGUCCGACAAGCAAAAUUGUGUUUCUCUCUUGGUCACCAGACACGGCUCGUAUCAAGUCUAAAAUGUUGUACGCGUCGUCCAAGGAAGCCAUUAAACGCGUCCUCAUGGGUGUAGGAAUUCACCUUACGGCCACUGAUGCUUCGGAGCUGUCACUCGAGUCUAUCGAAGAUGGUGUAUCCAAGUUUCUGUAG